AUGGAGGAGCAAGUACUAUCCAUUUACACACUUCCCAUAUUCAGGCGAUUUCAAAUUGAGUUGAACAAAUUUACAUCCUACAACAUACAACAAAUUAAUCCUUCAUUGUUUGAGGUUUCUCCAAUCAGAAAUGCAGUGUUUGGUUAUGGAGCAAGGAAUUACAGGAUAACUGCAAAUCUGGAGCAAGACGAAUACAGUUGUGAAUGCUGCAAAUUUACUAGAGAUGGGUUGAUUUGUUGCCAUAUAAUAAAGGUUAUGUCUGCUGUGGGUAAAGUAGAAGUAAUGCCAGAACAUUACAUUCUACCUAGGUGGUCAAUUCCGCCUCCCGACAUACGUAUUCCUCAGACUGAACCCCAGCAGAUGCCAGCGGGCAAAUUGUCUAGGAAGGAAAUGAGGUUACUUCGCUAUGGUAACCUCACUAAAGAUUUCGCAAAACUAGUAGUUAAUUCAUAUGCUUCAGAAAAAACAGAUGAAGUGGCUAGGAAGCAUAUGCGUGCAAUAGAAGCUGAAUUUGUAGCAAUGAAGAAACAAGCGGCAGAUGCAUUGAAGAGAAAAAAGAAGCAGAAGGAAACAGUUCCUCCAUGUGUAGAACAUGCUGAAACUACAGAAAAUCCUAGCAGCUCAACUGUUGGUGCUGAACAUAAUAUGCAUGUAAACAAGAAAGCUAGGGAUCCACCUUUGACAGUAACAAAAGGGAGGCCAGAGGAGAAGAGGAAGAAGAGUGGACUACAUCUUAAACCUGCAAAACCAACAAAAUGUACUAUUUGUGGGUCAACCUUGCAUAAUCCAAAAGAUUGUCCAUCUAAGAUUGCAAUGAAAGAGAAGACGCCAAUUAUUCAGCUUUUCCAAUGA